UCUCCUCCUCUGCAUCACCACAACAACAAGCAUCGCUCACGAUGGACACAGAAGCAGGACCAUCAACGUCAACACCAGGCCCAAGCGCGCCGGGCUUCCAGUCCGCCUCCGCACUCCCCCGCUCAACCCACGUUCCCUCGCUCUCGUCGAACCGGAACGCCUCGGGCGGGCUCCCAGCGCCACCGAGGCCCGUCGCCGAGUCGAGCACGGCAGCGCAAGAUGCCUCUACUGCAGCGCCGUCCAAGCCAGUGAACCGGCCGUCACAGGGCAAGAAUGCGAUCGUGUACAACGCUGUCCAGCGGAGGAACCCCGUCCUCGGGCUGAUACGCAAUAUGAACCUCGAGAUCGGGGACAUCGUGGCCGAUUACCAGGUUGGCGCGCACAACGGUGUGCUGUUCUUGAGCCUCAAGUACCACCGUCUGCACCCCGAGUAUAUCCAUGGUCGGAUCGAGAAGAUGAAGAACGCGUACAGCAUGCGCAUUCUGCUGAUUCUGUGUGACAUUACGGAGCACCAGCAGUCGAUACGAGAGCUGUCCAAGCACGCCGUCAUCAACGAUCUCUCUGUCUUUGUUGCCUGGUCAAACGCCGAAGCCGCACAAUACCUCGCUACAUUCAAGGCCUACGAGCACAAGUCGGCCGACUCGCUCAAAGAGAAGGUCCACCAGACGUACCCCGCCCAGCUGGAGCACGUGCUCACGAGCGGGCGGAAGGUGAACAAGUCGAAUGCCGAGGCACUCGCGGCACAGUUUGGCGCCUUCGCAAACAUCGUACAACAGACGAACCAUACGCUCGGAGGUGUGAAGGGUCUCGGGCCCGUCAAAGUAGUGUCACUUCUCGACGCGUUCAACAAGCCGUUUGUUGCCGGGGGCCGGCGCAAGGCCGGAGCGGUUACUACUUCGGUAUCGACUGCACCCCAGGCUUCAGCGCCGUCGGACAUCGUCGAGACGGAGAAGCACGACGACGACGGCGAGGGCGGGUUCACGCCAGAACCCGAUCUUCGCGUUGUGGGCGAGACCGCAGCCGAGGCUCAAGGCAGCCCCGACUGGCCGGACCAGCCGGAAGACCCACCAACACCGCCAACUCCCACACGGCCACGAGAUACAGGCCCCAGCCGGUCCCCGUCUGUCGAGCCCGACCCGGAGCGGACAGCGACGGACACGGUGUGGGAUGACCCGUUGGCAGGUGAUAGUGAUGAGGACGAGGGACCAGCGGCGAAGCGGCAGCGCGUGUAGAUACAUGACAUUUCGU